GAUGCAUAUUCCGAACACGAGGCAAGAAUGGCUAGCGUGGUACGAUGGAUUGCUGUCCUGCUGACAGUAUUCACUGUCUUAAAUGCGGAACCUUUGGAAGACAACGCAGCUAGUCCUGUAGAAUUAACAACGAAUCAAGAAGAUGCCAUCGAGAAUUUAAACGAGCCUGCUUUUCAAGGGGAGAGCAGAGACGACAUCGUCGAAAACGAGGAAGACGAACAACAAGAAGAUAAUCCGGUAGAAAACGAUUCCUCUGAGGACGAACCCUCUGACGCUGCUGAGAAAGGAGACCCAGAAGAUAGCGAAGAAGGCGAAGAAUUGGAGGACGAACAAGAUUAUCCUGAAGAAGAUAUCCCUACUGAAUACGAAACCAGUGACAUUGCUGAAAGUGAAAGCUCAGACAAUAGUGAAGAAGGCGAAGAAUGGGGAGAUGAACAAGAUUAUCCCGAAGAUGCCAUCACUGAAGAUGAAACCAGUGCCAUUACUGAGGGUGAAAGCACAGAAGACAGCGAAGAAGGUGCAGAAUGGGGAGAUGAACAAGAUUAUCCCGAUGAAGAUGCCGCCUCUGAAGGGGCUGAAGAUGAAACCGAUGAUAUUGCUGAAGACUCAGAACCAAACCAAGAACUGGAUGAAAAUGAUCUUGAUGAAGCAAAAGACACCCCCGAGGAAGACCCAAAGAUUAAUGUUCGUUGCGGGAUAGCGGUUUACAAUCCAUCGAUCCACAAGUGUUGCUAUGGAAAACGAAUUCCCAAAUUUUCCCUCUGUCGGCCCAGAUGUGGUUUAGUAACCUACAACCGUCUGACCCACAAGUGCUGUUAUAAUAAAGUCAUCCCCAAGUAUUCCACCUGUUCAAAAAGAUGCGGUUUGGUCAGCUACAAUCCACUUACCCACAAGUGCUGCUAUCGCAAAGUAAUCCCUAAACGUUUAAUCUGCCGUCCACCCAAAUGCGGAUUGGUCAGCUAUAAUCCAUAUACCCACAAGUGCUGCUAUCUCAGAGUCAUCCCUAAACGUUCAAUCUGCAGUCGACCCAAAUGCGGUUUGGUCAGCUACAAUCCACUGAUCCACAAGUGCUGCUAUCGCAAGGUCAUCCCCAAAAGUUUCAUCUGCCAACCUAAAUGUGGUUUAGUGAGUUACAGCUCAGUCACUCAUAAGUGCUGCCAUGGUCGUGUUAUUCUCAAGUUUGCUAUUUGCAAACCAAUAAUUAAGUACUAGUUGUCAAGUACAAGCCACUGAGUACGAAUGCUUUAGCUCUAGAUAAAGAUGCCUCAAAAGUACUCAGAACGGUUACCACGGCCUCUCUCUAAGGUAACUUAAAUGUUGAGCUGCUGCCAACUGGAGUAAAACUCCUGAAGAAAUAACAAGAAAUCAAAACUGUUACAUUAGUUUCCCUUUAGGUGGUAGAAUGGCAUUUCGUCACACAGUGAUCUGUUUCAUGAGCGCUUUUCCCUGAAAACCACUGAAAAGCGUUAUCUGUGACAAAGCGUUUCAAUUUCCACGUUAAAAGCAAUUGUAAUAGUAAUAUAUAUGUAAUUAAGAGUGGCAAUAAAUUGAAAUUACAAUCGUGA